ACUACAAGUGAAUUCAUGACUUUUUCACAUAUCUUUCUGUUAAUUUUAUUUAUUUAUCGUGUUGUUUGUGCAGAUUAAGCUUUUAGUGGUCGACGAAGUUCGUGUUUAUCAUAAUUUAUACAUUGGGAUAAAACAGUAAACCGUUAUGGCGAACCUAAAGUCGGAUUUAGACGAGUAUUUGCUUCAAAACGAGAACCGUCGAAGUUACAAAAUUAGUUUACCAUUCUCUACUCCCAGUUUCUUUUCCCGAAGCAAUGAAGAAACGCCUACGAGUAGCUCUAGUAAUGCAAGCUGGUUUCAAGAAGUGCAAAAAGAGUAUUUCACCUUAAGUCGCACACAAAGGUUCAUGGGUUUUGGAGUUUGCCUAUUCUUCGGCAUCCUGUGCUUUAUCCUGUCCUUCCUUUACAUUCCCAUCCUAAUCCUGCAGGCUCGGAAGUUCGCUCUCCUCUUCACACUUGGAAGCUUGUUCUUCAUACUUAGCUUCAGCUUCCUUUAUGGGCCAUGGUCACACGUGAAGUCACUCUUCUCAAAGGAGCGAGCCCUCACCACCCUCCUGUAUGGCUCUACUCUAAUAGCAACACUGUACUGUGCGCUGCAUCUACAGAGCACUCCACUAACCAUUGUCUGUGCUGUGCUGCAAGUCAUUGCUCUACUCUGGAUGAUGAUGGGCUCCAUCCCGGGAGGCUCCACCGGUGCCAGGUUCUUCGGAAGCAUGUUCAAGUCAUCAGUGUCCAGUACACUGCCAAUAUAACAAAUGAUGGAAGUGUUGUUAUUGUGUAUGUAUGUGACAAGGGGAGUUACUGCUAGAAUACAUGUCUAUUAGACAUUGUCUAUAUGCAUUAUAUAUUAUGUAAGCUAUUCCGAAUGAACAUAGACACUGAGGAAGUGGAAAUUAAAUUUGAUCAUCAGACUAUCCAUUGGAGAAAUGAUUCCCUUUUAAAAUAAGGUGUUAUUCUGUCACCAUGACUAUAAGUGUGUGUUAUGACAAGAUGAGCUAUAAAAACGUGACUGUUCCAUACUGGUUGAUUAUCAUAAUGCUAUGGCUAUGACUAAAGACAUGUACUAGGCUUGUGCCGUUUCGUUCGUUGAUCGGAGCGCUCCGAUCUCGUUCAAUCGCUCCCACAAACUAGUUCGCUCUUUUAGGUCUUUUGCUCAUUUAGUU